AUGUCCCAAAAAUCUUCAUUAAAAGUCCUCUUGAAAAAGCAAGCAUCUGAGGUAAAACUCUAACUCCCCCCUCCGUGAGCGAACAAAACUAUUAGAAAAAUCGCUGUUUUUUGCCCAAAAACCCACCUCCGUGAGCGAACAAAAAUUUUUUAUGGAAAAAAAUUUUGAUAUAAGUGAUAAUUAGUAUAAUAAAUCUCGACCUAAUUCUGUUUAAUUUUAAACAAAUUGCACUUUAAAACAUAAAUUUUACAAAUUAAAUUAAUAUUUGCUUUCCAAUUUUUGCGAAGUGUGAUUUUUUUUAAAAAACAAGAGUUUUUGUUCGCUCACGGAGGGGAUGGGAGUAAGCAGAUUUAUGAAAAUAAAGAAAAGAAAGACUUCACUUCAUGAAAAACUUAUCGAGAAGAAAUUCGUAAGAAAAUCAAGCUUAAAAAAUCUCCCAAAGUUUCUCCGCUCUACUUUAUCACCACAGCAUCCACAAACCCACAGAGUAUGUCAAAAAAUUCUUGCCAUACUUCAGUAAACAGCUUAAACUGUCGUUUAUCUCAAAGCUCUAACUCCCCCUCCAUGAGUGAACAAAGAGGGGGGCUAAAAAAAAUUUAUAUUUAAAUUUAUAGUAAUUUUUUUUUCAAAUUUAAAAAAAGUUCCAAGUCGUAAAACUUAAUUUAAUUUGUAAAAUUUAUGGUUUAAAAAUAACUCUGUUUAAAAUUCCAACAGAGUUAGCUAGAAAUUUCAUUAUACUAAUUAUAUAUCAUACUAUUUUUUCUUAAUAUUUUUAUAUUAAAAAACAUUGUUUUUCACCCAAAAAAUAGGGAUUUUUAAUGAUUUGUUCGCUCACGGAGCGGAUAGUAAGUUCCUUAUACCUUCAGUGUCUGAUAGAAGGCUAAGAUCCCCUAUAAUGAAAGCCACGCAAAAUUUUGAUAAUUUUUAUAAAACUAUCACUCCUUCUAAAAAAGGGAAAAAGAGCUUAAGCAAUAAUAGCAGCUGCUCGAGCUUUUGCAUCAAAGAUGAAGAUAUCUGUACAUCAUCUUAUGAUGUAAAUUUACUAUCUUUGCAAAAGAAACAGGAAAAUGAGAGAAAAGAAAGAGUGUGAGAUUUGGUUACUGUAGAGCAGAUAAAGAAAGCAAAAGAGAUGAUAGAGGAAGGGGAUUUGAGAAAUGGAUCUAAAAUGUAAAAAAUACGCAGGUAUCUAGAUGAGAUUAGAAAAUUCGCGGAAUUAAUUAUUAGGAAGAUUGACCAAGAUGAAGAAAUUUAG